GAGUCUCUUCGCAAAUCAUCACAUAAACAAACCCCUUCUUCACUCUCAUCGCAUCUCCUCUCACACAACAAAAUUAUAACAAAAUCGAAAGAAAGGAAACAAAAAUCUCGACUUUACUCGAUUAUCGAUACGGAUCUUCGAAACCCUAAUGUUAAAAUGUCGUUAAGUCGACUUAUCUUCCCUUACUUCCUCGUCUCUCUCAUUCUCUCAGGCUUCACAUCCUCUCAAACACUACCCAAAGAAGAAGUGGAUGCUUUAAGAGCCGUAGCGAAGGCGCUGAAGAAGACUAAUUGGAAUUUCAAUGUGGAUCCAUGCGACCAAACUUUAUCUGACGGAGGAUGGAGAAAUCCUAACGCCGGCAAAAAUUUCGAAGACGCCGUUACUUGUAACUGCUCCACCGUUUGCCACGUCACCAGCAUAAUUCUCAAGUCACAAAGCCUUCAAGGAUCUCUUCCUAAAGAACUCGUGGGACUUCCUUUUCUGCAAGAGUUUGAUCUGUCUAGAAACUAUCUCAACGGAUCCAUUCCUCCCGAAUGGGGAGCCUUGCCACUUGUCAACGUCUCAUUACUUGGAAAUCGGAUAAAUGGUCCAAUCCCAAAAGAGAUUGCAAACAUUACAACCCUUUCGAGCCUUGUCUUGGAAUACAACCAGAUUUCAGGGGAAUUGCCUCCAGAGCUCGGGAAUCUACCAAACAUUCAAAGGCUCCUUCUUAGCUCGAACUUCUUGAGUGGGGAAAUCCCAAGUACAUUUUCCAAACUUACUACAUUGACUGAUUUCCGUAUAAGUGACAACCAGUUCACCGGUACUAUACCAGAUUUCAUCCAGAACUGGACAAAACUUGAAAAAUUGGUUAUUCAAGCAAGUGGUUUAGUCGGACCGAUUCCUAGUACCAUUAGUCCUCUUAGGAAUUUAACAGACUUGAGAAUCAGUGACUUAAGCGGACCCGAAUCUCCAUUUCCGCCACUACAAAACAUGACUUCGAUGAAGAAUUUGGUUCUUAGGAACUGCAAUCUUACAGGAGAAUUACCUGCUUAUCUCGGACCGAUCACAACGUUAAAACUCUUAGAUGUUAGUUUUAACAAACUAAGUGGACCAGUCCCGGUAGAAUAUAGCGCUCUUUCGAAUGUAGAUAACAUAUAUUUUACUAGUAACAUGUUAAACGGGAGCGUACCAAAUUGGAUGGUAGACCAAGGAGACAAGAUUGAUCUUACUUACAACAACUUCUCCAGAGAUCCCAGAACCUCACAAUGUCUGCAGAAGGACGUGAAUAUGUUUUCAAGCACAAGUCCUUUGGUGGCAAAUAACUACUCAAACGUUUCGUGUCUGAGUAACUAUGUAUGUCCUAAAACUUUCUAUGGCCUUCAUAUAAACUGUGGUGGUAAUGAAGUAACAAUCAACAAGACUAAGUAUGAUGCUGACGCAUCGGAUAUGAGCUUCUAUGAUAGUAGAAACGGUUGGGUUUCUAGCAACGCGGGAAAAUUCUUGGAUGAUGAACGGUCUCCCAAAGGUACCACCUUAUGUGAAAAUACGUCAGAGACUAAGACAGCAGAUCCUAGGCUUUAUACGCAUGCUCGUCUCUCGGCCAUCUCUCUCACCUACUAUGCCUUGUGUCUUGGAGAAGGGAAUUACACGGUCAAUCUUCAUUUCGCUGAAAUUAUGUUCAAAGACAAUAACACUUAUGAGAGUUUGGGACGACGAUUCUUUGACAUAUACGUUCAGGGUAAACUUGAGGUUAAGGAUUUCAAUAUUGUGGAGGAGGCAAAAGGUGCUGGAAGAGUUGUGGUUAAGAGUUUUCCGGUCAGAAUAACAAAUGGGAAAUUGGAAAUAAGGUUGUUUUGGGCUGGUAAAGGGACUCAAGCUUUGCCUGUAAGAGGUGUAUAUGGUUCUCUCAUAUCGGCUGUGUCAGUUGAUCCAAAUGGUUUCAUUCCACCAGAGGAAGAAGGCACCGGAAGUGGUGGUGGAAGCUCUGUUGGUACAGUGGUUGGUUCUGUAAUCGGGUCAACGGUGUUUCUUGUGCUUUUAAUCGGCGGUAUUUUAUGGUGGAGAGGCUGCUUAAGACCCAAGAGUCAGAUGGAAAAAGAUUUCAAGAACUUGGAUUUCCAGAUUAGUUCCUUCUCGUUGAGGCAGAUCAAAGCUGCUACAGACAACUUUGAUCCCGCAAACAAGAUCGGAGAAGGUGGCUUCGGUCCUGUACACAAGGGAAGGUUAUCUGAUGGAACCGUGAUCGCCGUGAAGCAGCUGUCGUCAAAAUCAAAACAAGGGAAUAGAGAGUUUUUGAACGAGAUUGGUAUGAUUUCUGCUCUCCAACAUCCACAUUUGGUUAAACUAUAUGGAUGUUGCGUCGAAGGUGACCAGCUAUUGCUAGUCUACGAGUACUUGGAAAACAACAGUCUCGCCAGAGCACUUUUCGGUCCUCAAGAGACUCAGAUACGACUAAACUGGCCAACGAGGCAGAGGAUUUGUGUGGGAAUAGCGAGAGGACUAGCUUAUCUUCACGAGGAGUCAAGACUCAAGAUUGUGCACAGAGACAUCAAAGCAACUAAUGUCUUGCUGGAUAAGGAACUAAAUCCAAAGAUUUCUGAUUUCGGUCUUGCUAAGCUUGAUGAAGAGGAAAACACACACAUCAGCACCCGAGUUGCCGGAACAUACGGAUACAUGGCUCCAGAAUACGCCAUGAGAGGGCAUUUGACAGAUAAAGCAGACGUCUACAGUUUUGGCGUUGUGGCUCUUGAAAUCGUUCACGGAAGAAGCAACACGAGCUCGCGAUCCAAAGCCGAUACCUUCUACCUUCUUGACUGGGUACACGUUCUAAGGGAACAAAACAAACUGAUGGAAGUAGUAGACCCGAGGCUAGGAACAGAUUACAACAGAGAAGAAGCAAUGACGAUGAUCCAGAUAGGGAUACUCUGCACCAGUCAAGUUCCCUCGGACAGACCGUCGAUGUCGACGGUGGUGAGCAUGCUCGAAGGACAUUCGACGGUGGAUGUUGAGAAGCUUCUAGAAGCUUCGUUCAACAGAGGAAGCGAGAAAGACGAAGAGAGCGUGAGGGCCAUGAAGAAGCAUUACGCGAUGAUAAGUGGAGAGGAGAUGACGAAUAUGCAGACGGAUCAGACAACCACCACCGAUGGACCUUACACGUCGUCUUCUACUUCCACGGCCAACGCCGGCGAUCUUUACCCUGUUAAGCUUGAUUCCGCUUAUUGGAACACUAGAACUUAAUUAUGGUUAUUAUGAAUGUCUUUGCAACAACAAAUAAAAAGGAGAUUAUAUAUGGAGUAAGUAAUUAUGACUUUUUGUUUGCGUUUUGUAAAGUUCUUUUUUUUUUAUGAAUUAUAAUUAUUUUAUUUAAGACAAUUAGAAGAAACGUUUUCGGAAACACAAUGUAUCGUCAGAUAAUAUAAAGGUCCGAAACAAUUUAGAUCAA